AUGGAUCUCACCAUUUUCCAACAUGUCUCGCCGCUUUCGUGGUUUCUGCUACUCGCGCUUGGCGCCAUGAGUGUCUGGGGUAGGAGAUGGGCACGUCAGGAUAACAAUCGGAAGACACACUCAGUACCAGUCUCAACACCAAAAUCAGCAUCAAGCACCCCCGCACAAAAGACACCGGCUGAAGCAGACGACCCGGAAGCAGCAUACUACGCCAUCGAGCCCCUCACAGACUUUGACUAUGAGAAAGAAGAGCCCAUCCAAAUCCGGCCAUUCAAGCCAAAAUAUCACAUGACCAUGGCCCUCGAAAACACAACACUAUCGGAGCUCCUCCUCAUGGACAACACGUACCUAUCACGCUCGCACAUCCGCCGCAAGUACAUCGAAGACGAGCGAAAAGAAAUCAUUGCAUGCACGCCUCAAGGCGCUCCCGCUGUCAUGGAGCUCUACGACUGGCUCAUAGGAAUCUAUCUGCCACGCCGCUUCCCAACCAUCUACACCCUGGUCAGCGAAAGCAACACUACCGGAGCGCCUACGCAUUUGAAGAACCACGCUACGAAUAAACUGCUCACGCUGACGCCCGAGACGCCCGAAAUCGCACUUGAAAUUAUUGGCGAAAACAUUGAUUCCGAGUUUUUUAUAUUGGAGAAACCGCUGGACUCUUCUUCCUCUCCUUCACCAGCACAAGACGACGCCCAACCCCAAUCUCAAUCCCAAGAAGAAAAAGAAACCCAACCCUACCGCCUAACCGCCUUUGUAAACUGCUUCCCAGCGGGCUUCCGCACCCUCUCCAAACUCGGUCUCACCCUCUCUGGCAUCCACGGCCCCGUCCCACACUACAGCGAGAAACUCGAAAAGAGCAUGGACCGAUACUUUGCCGCGCUUCCAGUGGGAAAAGUCGUGAAGCGAGUUAACUGGGGCAUUGCCACGACGCCGAAUCUGUUCAAGCUGGGAGGCCACCAUAUGAGUGCUGCAGAGCACGAGAAGAAGAAGAAGGAAGAAGAGGAGGGCAAGAAGGAGGUGAAUCCUGCGGAUGAAGUCGACAUUGAGCAGGUUGUACUCCGGUGCGAGCGACAGACGCUGCAUCGCAUGCCCAAGUCGGGGUCGUUGGUAUUUGCGUUCAAGACAUACAUGUACCCUCUCCGCGCCGUCCGCGCCGAAGGCAGCGGCCCCGUGCUAGCCGAAGCCAUAGACGGUCUGGGCCGCGGCUCCGUACCCAGAAUCACAGUGUACAAGCGACAGGUUGUGUGGGGGGAAAAAGUAAAGGCGUUUUUGAGGGGUGAGAUUGCGUAG